CCCGACGGUGCUUUUCUGGCAUCUCUGCUGGCAACGAUCGAUUUAGGUGCCUUACGUUAUUAAUAAUUUAGGAUAAUGUUAAUUAAUAACGGGCUAUAAAAACAUUUCAACUUUAUUACAAAAAUACAAAAUGAGACAAAUAGUUUUAAAACUGUACAAAGAUCUAUUGCGUUACGGAGAAAAUUUAAAGUACACGGAAACGAAGUAUUUUAAGAACAGAAUUCGUAGAGGUUUUAAAGAAAAUAAACGCUUGACUGACGAAGCAGAGAUUGAUUUUCAAUUACAGAAAGGACAGAAGAUUUUGCAGGAUCAACGAGUCAUAUAAAUAAUUUUGUUAUAAUUAAAUUAAAUACAUAAUUAUAUGAAAAUUGCAGCUAUGCUGAAGUCCUUAUCAAAUAAAAAUUAUUUUUCUCAAUCAUUGGCUAGAUAUGUAUUCUUAUUGGUU